AAGAGGGCAAAGAUGCCAAAAAAGGCAAAAAGAAAGGCUCCCAUUCUCCAUCUGUGAUUGAAGCAACACCAGUUCCGUUGUCCCCAGAAGAGUUAAAGAAGCAAGAACUGAGGCUGAAAAUGAAGCAGGAAUAUUUUGCUGCCCUGGACCGUGAGGCUGAAGCUGCAAAAUCUCGACUUGAGCUCUUAAGAGUUAAAGCACUAGCCUUUGUUGAGGAACUACAAUCAAAAGCGGAAGAAACAUACAGGAAUAUGGAAAAAUGGCUUGGAGAGAGAUACCUGGCUGAAAUGUCCAGUGUCGACAAAUUAAUUGAGGUUGCCCGAAAUCACAUUGAAACUUCUACCAGAAUCCAAUACGAACUUGUCCUAGAAGGAACAGAGUUUUAUAUUAAUGGAGAUAUAAAAGUAUUUCCUGAUCCUGUCCCUACACCUCGUCCUCCUUCUGUAGAGACUGCUACAAACGGUACUCUGACUAUUUCACAGCUCAGCACUCUUCAUAAGCAAUUUCUACAGGUGGCACCUAAAGCCAUAGCAGCCCUGAAGCAAUUUAAAAGCAAAAAUGUGACUCCCAGCAACCGGAAGCAUUCAAAGAAGAACCAGCAGUUCCAACAAAUGUGGCUGUCACAGUAUCCUUGGCUAAAGCAUGAUCGUGACAAAGGCACAAUGUACUGUGCAUUGUGCCGAAAACACAAUGUGGAUUUAGAAGAGAAGAUACACAACUUCUGUUCAGGGACUGAUAAUUUCACCCUUGAAUUAGUCCGCGAGCAUCACAGCAGCGAAGCUCAUGCAUGGGCCGCUUGUAUGGAAGAAGCCAGUAGUUCCACCCCAGACAGAGUCACCACUGAACAGAUGUUAAAGAGCAUGAGUAAAGAAACCUUAGGAAGAAUAGAAAACCUCUUCAGAACGUGCCACGCGAUAGCUAAAACUGGGCGCCCCUUCACAGACCUGGACUGGAUAUGCAAAUUGGAUGAUAUGAAAGGGGUGGAUAUUGGUUCCAUAUUUAGAAAUGACAAGGCAGCAAGAAUCUUCAUUCAUUUUAUUGCUGAAGCAGAACGAAGGGCUUUGAAAGAGAAGUUGGAAAAAUGCAAGUUCUUCUCGCUGAUCAGUGAUGGUGUGACAGAUGACACAGUCGUAGAAGCUGCCCUUGUGUACGUACGCUUUGCUUACCAAGGGAAGGUCCACUGCCAGGUUGUUGGAGUUCACUCAGUAGAGAAAUGUGACGCUUCUGCUGUGAAAAAUGCCAUUGUCAACAUGCUAGAUACCAGCCUGCGCAUCAAUUUGCCAAGCCAAGACUGGGCAAGAAAGCUGGUUGGCUUUGGAAGUGAUGGCAGAGGUGUUAUGACGGGACAAAAGGGAGUGGCAAAACUGCUGAAGGAACUCCAACCGUCUGUCCAAAGUGUGCACUGUCUUGUCCAUCGCCUUGAAAUGGUAUACAAGGCAACACUCAAACGCAUUCAGCUGUACAUCGUUCUCACAACCCUCUUGAAAAACAUGUACUAUUUUUAUCAUGACUCUCCAAUGAAUAAGAGCAGCCUCAAGGUAGUUUAUGAAGCUCUCAAUCUAAGGCAGGCAAUUCCUUCCCGAAUUGGUGGCUCAUGGUGGCUCCUUCGCCUGCAGACAGCUCUUCAGACUUUUCUUAAAGGGUACCCUGCAAUUGUCCUACACUUGAAUAAGAUAACACAGGAACCAUAUUCUUCAAAUCACCAGAGGGCUAAAGACUUCUUACAGCUCCUUCUGAAAAGUGAAUUUGUUAAAUUUUCUCAUUUCUUGCUGGAUGUCAUCAAUGUCCUCAACAUUCUGUCUCGUGUUGCUCAGGAUCAGAACUCCUCUAUCGCAGAUGUAUUUGCAACGAUUGGGUCCACACUAGAAAUACUCCAAAUGUAUCAAGCAAGAUCAGGGCCAAGGGAGCGUCUGGUGGAAACUAUCACACAGUUCCACGGUUACCAUCUUGUGGGAGAUGGCAAUAUAUCAGCAGUUCGCAUAGAAUUGUUAAGAAAUCUUUUGAACCAGCUGCGUGAUUGUUUUUGUGAUGCUAGUGAAGAGAUUUUGAGAGCAAGCACUAUUGGAAGUUUUAAACUGUGGCCAGACAAAAUCAAACCAGAAUUUGGUGAGGUGGAAGUGUCUGUUUUGACUAAAUACUAUGAGCCAGUUCUGGAACAUGCCAAUGUGAAGGUGCAUGAAAUUGAGACCGAGUGGAACAUGUUGAAAGUGGAGCUAUAUAAUAGAUAUCAAAGCAUCCGGAGCUUAAAUUGGGACUUGGUGAACACAGAUUAUUUUCAUAAAUAUCCAAACAUCCUGACGCUUGUAGAUCUGAUCCUGACCUUGCCUGCAGGUUCUGAUGAGGCAGCACGAGGCUUCUGUCAAAUGAAGGUGACAAUGAUGCAGAAACAGUCCAAGCUGAUGUUGGAAAACAUGACAGAUCUCAUAGUCAUUCAGAUGAAUUCUCCAGAUAUCAGCAGAUUUGACCCUGAAAAGGCUAUUCAGUUGUGGAAUAUUUCUUGCCAAAGGAACAGAAAACUACAAGCUAGCCACGAAAAAUCUGAUUAUUCAUCUGACACUGAAAGUCUGGAAAGAGAAAGUUCAUUUGGCAGUGAUUAGACAUCUAACACUCUCACCAUUCUGGAAGGCAUUUUAGUACCAUGACGCCAUGUUACUUUUUUUUCAGACACAAAAAUGCAAUGUAAAAUUUCAACCCAGCAAGGCCCUUGGGCCAUCAUGGACGGAGUCAAAUUAGACGUUGAAGGAAAUGUGUUUUUCCUUCAGUUAAGAUGUUUUUCCUUUCACCUCAAGAUUUGCUCAGAGAUAUUUGUC